GCUCAUCAAAAUGAAGUUUCAAAGCAACGAUUAAAAAAAAAAAAAGGCAAACUAUCAAGAAAUUGAUGUUUUGUGGACGUGUGCACCAGAAUGCUCUUACAAUUGCAUCACUUUUAUUCUCAUUGAGUUUGGUUCAACGCGGCCUCAUCUUUUGUUGCGAAAAGCCGGUGCACCGGAAACUGCUUCUCUUGACAAGUAGCGGCGUCCGUCAAGUGUCAACACGGCUUGUGGACUAAACAAAACACCAUGAACAUAAUGGAUUGUGCUGAUUGGACCACAUUCCCUGUGGUUAUCUGGAACAGAACACCUUAUUUCUAGACUUUCUGAAUGUGUUGGUGAAGGUUCUAGAAGAAGGAAGAAUGCCAGUGGAGAGCAGUAGUAGCGGUGUGGUCCGACAGGCCAAACAGAAGAGGAAAUCUCACAGUCUGUCUAUAAAGAGGACCAACAGCACCGAGCAGGACCGCUUGGGCCUGCAUAGAGACAUGCUGGACGGCCAGUCGUGUGAUAAUCUGGAAUGUUUGGCCAGAAUAGAGGACUCCAAACUGCCUUUGUCUCUGAAGACCAACCUGAUGGAUCUGUUUAGCCAGAUCGAAAGAGAAUUUGAGAGCCUUUACAUCGAAAACAUCGAGCUUCGCAGAGAGAUCGAGACGCUGAACGAUCGCUUGACUGCAGACGGUCAGACUCUAGAAGGCGCAGACUUGGCCAAAGGAGCCCUGAAAACAAAAACAAGUCACAGCACCAGUCAGCUGUCGCAGAAACUCAAGACCACCUACAAGGCCUCCACCAGCAAGAUUGUGUCCAGUUUCAAAGCCACCACGUCCAGAGCUGUGUGUCACCUGCUCAGAGAGUAUGUGGGCCACAGAGACGGUAUCUGGGACCUCAGCGUGACCCGGACCCAGCCCACGGUGCUUGGUACUGCAUCUGCAGACCACACGGCCAUGUUGUGGAGCAUCGAGACGGGGAAAUGUCUCCUCAAAUAUCUGGGCCAUCAAGGAUCAGUCAACUCCAUCAAGUUCCACCCCACUGAACAGAUGGCACUAACAGCAUCUGGGGACCAGACAGCUCACAUCUGGAGGUUCCUGGUGCAGCUGCCCACGCCGCAGCCCGUUGCAGACGUCAGCCAACCCCCCGGCGACGACGACGUUGAGGUUUCCGACAAAGAUGAGGCCGACGUGGAAGCGGACGGUCCCACCGACUGCCCGUCCGUGCGCAUGGCGUCCGUCACGCUGCGCAGUCACCAAGGCGUGGUCAUUGCUGCUGAUUGGCUGGUGGGGGGCAAGCAGGCGGUGACGGCCUCCUGGGACCGAGCCGCCAACCUUUACGACGUGGAGACAUCGGAGCUGGUCCACUCGCUCAUGGGUCACGACCAGGAGCUGACGCACUGCUGCACCCAUCCCACCCAGCGCCUGGUGGUCACCUCGUCCAGAGACACUACUUUUCGACUGUGGGACUUCAGAGACCCGUCCAUCCACUCCGUCAAUGUCUUCCAGGGACACACUGACACGGUGACGUCUGCCGUUUUCACUGUGGGUGACAACGUGGUGUCGGGGAGUGACGACCGUACGGUCAAAGUGUGGGAUCUGAAGAACAUGAGGUCGCCCAUAGCAACCAUCCGCACAGACUCUGCUGUCAACAGGAUCAGCGUGUCGGUGAGUCAGAAGAUCAUCGCUCUCCCUCACGACAAUCGGCAGGUCCGACUGUUCGACAUGUCAGGAGUGCGACUGGCCCGUCUGCCCAGAAGCAACAGACAGGGUCACCGCCGCAUGGUGUGCUGCUCAGCGUGGUGUGAAGACAACACUUCAUGCAACUUGUUCACGUGCGGCUUCGACCGCCAGGCCAUUGGCUGGAACAUUAACAUCCCCGCCCUCCUGCAGGAGAAAUGACCCCGCCCCCUCCUCGUUCUAACAUGUAAGUCCGGGAAAGGUUGUCACGUGCCAUCAGUGUUUGUUCACGCAACAACUUCACGCGUCUUUUUGACAAAGCGAUCGCUUACUGCUGCAACUGUGCACUGAGCACAUCUUCUUGCCGUGUGUGUGCUUGUGUGCGUGUGCGCGUGUGUGUGUGUGUGUGUAUGUGUGCGAGUGUAAACACACUUUCAUUACCGUGUGUGUUUAGUGUGAAAGCGACUCCUGCACAUCUGAUAAAAAAAUCUGUGCCACUGAUGGAUAAAAAAAGCACAACACAGAAGCUUAUUGUGACCUUAAUGCUAACAUCAUGUUAAAAUAACCGUAGUAGGAAAUAAGAACGUGUGAAAAAUAUACUCGGUUGUCGCUUUGUUAGUAGGUACACAGUCUUUUUUCUUAUUGCCUCUCAUUGUACAGAUUGUGUACCUAAUCAAGUGUCCGCUGAGUGUUUGUGUUACACAGUUAUGUAUUGUCUGUUAGCAUUCUAGGCCCUUGCAAUACCACUUUGUAUUCCAGGAGGCAAUAGUGAGUCACUGGCAUCAAGGAGGCUUAGACAUGUCAUCAACAUGCUACUUGAAUUGUUGCCUUGUCAGUGUUAGUGAGAACCUAGACAUACAUAUGUAGACACCGCGUCGAGUGCAGCGCUUAAUCACACGUAGACAUCGCCAUAUUGGAUGUGAGAAUAUGCCUCAUUUAUGUGCUGCUUGGAAUUGUACCAACCACAUCUCAUGGAUCAGCUUUCACAGGUUGGACCAAAAAAACAAUUUUGAUUAAAACGUUGUAAAUGGUUUGUACUUGUAUAGCGCUUUUCUACCUUUUUUUAAGGAACUCAAAGCGCUUUGAUACUAUUUUCCAUUAGCACACUGACGGCGGGAGCUGCCAUGCAAGGCGCUUACCAGGACCCAUAGGGAGCAAGGGUGAAGUGUCUUGCUCAAGGACACAACGGACGUGACUAGGAUGGUAGAAGGUGGGGAUUGAACCAGUAACCCUCAGAUUGCUGGCACAGCCACUCUCCCAACUUCGCCACGUUGUCCCCUGUACAAAUUGAAUCUGAUGACUUUAAUACUACGAAGUCCCGCGCAUAAAACUGUGGAUUCUUGUGGUGAAACUAGGAAAGGCCCUUUAUCUAGUUCAGUCCAUUUUCUGCAUUAUUUUUAGGGGGUAGAUAUGCUACAUCCAAUAUGGCGGACACCAGGAUUUAUUGCAGCCUGUCUAUGAUCCACGCAUAUAUGCGUAUAAUCUGCGUUUAUACAUUCCUCAUCUACACACGUAUAUAUAUAUAUAUAUAUAUAUAUAUAUAUAUACAUAUAUAUAUAUAUGUAUAUAUAUAUAUAUACUAUAUGAUAUGAUUGAUGUAUAUGUUCUUCACAUAUAUGUCUAAUGUCUACAUAAUAUAUGUCUGAUCUACGCAUAUAUGUGUGUCUAUGAUCUACUAUGUAUUGGUAUGAUCUAUGCAUAUAUGUCUAUGAUCCAUGCAUAUACAGCUAUGUUCUAUGUAUGUAUGUAUGUAUGUCUAUGAUCUCCACACAUUUUACAUGUGUCUAGGAUCUGCGUAUAUAUGUAUAUGAUCUACACAUGUAAGAAAUAUGUAUAUAUGUCUAUGAUCUACACAUAUGUCUAUGAUCUACGCAAUAUACAUUUAUGAUAUAUGCAUCAAUAUGUGUAUUUCUGCAUAUACUGAAUGUCUGAUCUAAGAAAUGUAUAUGAUCUACACCAGGGGUCACCAACCUUUUUGAAACCAGGAGCUACUUCUUGGGUACUGAUUAAUGCGAAGGGCUACCAGUUUGAUACACACUUAAAUAAAUUGCCAGAAUUAGCCAAUUUGCUCAAUUUGCCUUUAAUAAGUAGAUCUAUAUAUAUAAACAAAAUGGUAUUUCUGUCUGUCAUUCCGUCGUGCAUUUUUUUUUUCCUUUUACGGAAGGUUUUUUGUAGAGAAUAAAUGAUGAAAAAACACUUAAUUGAACGGUUUAAAAGAGGAGAAAACAAGAAAAAAAUUAUAAUUAAAUUUUGUAACAUAGUUUAUCUUCAAUUUUGACUCUUUAAAAUUCAAAAUUCACCCGAAAAAAAAGGAAGAGAAAAAUUAGCUAAUUCGAAUCUUUUUGAAAAAAUGUAAAAAAUAAUUUAUGGAACAUCAUUAGUAAUUUUUCCAGAUUAAGAUUAAUUUUAGAAUUUUAAUAUGUUUUGAAUAGGUUAAAAAUCCAAUCUGCUAUUUUUUUAAGAAUAUAUAACAAAUUGGAUCAAGCUAUAUUUUUAACAAAGUCAAAUCAUUAUUUCUUCUAGAUUUUUCCAGAAAUUCAAAAUACUUUGAAAAAGAUUUAAACUUGAUUCUACAGAUUUUCUAGAUUUGCCAGAGUAUUUUUUAAAUAUUUUAAUCAUAAUAAGUUUGAAGAAAUAUUUCACAAAUAUUCUUUGUGGAAAAAACAGAAGCUAAAAUGAAGAAUUAAAUUAAAAUGUAUUUAUUAUUCUUUACAAUAAAAAAAUAAAAUUACUUGAACAUUGAUUUAAAUUGUCAGGAAAGAAGAGGAAGGAAUUUAAAAGGUAAAAAGGUAUAUGUGUUUAAAAAUCCUAAAAUCCUUUUUAAAUUUGUAUUUUUUCUCUAAAAAUGUCUUUCUGAAAGUUAUAAGAAGCAAAGUAAAAAAAAAUAAAUGAAUUUAUUUAAACAAGUGAAGACCAAGUCUUUAAAAUAUUUUCUUGGAUUUUGAAAUUCUAUUUGAGUUUUGUCUCUCUUAGAAUUAAAAAUGUCGAGCAAAGCGAGACCAGCUUGCUAUUAAAUAAAUACAAUUUAAAAAAAUAGAGGCAGCUCACUGGUAAGUGCUGCUAUUUGAGCUAUUUUUAGAACAGGCCAGCGGGCGACUCAUCUGGUCCUUACGGGCUACCUGGUGCCCGCGGGCACCGCGUUGGUGACCCCUGAUCUACACAUAUACGUGUUUUCGUUACUAGGGAUGUAUACCGAUUAAAGGUAUUGUUUGGUACCGGUUCCUAAUUGGGUCGGUCCACUAAGGACCAUUAAAAUUCUAAACUAAUGGUACGGCUAUCGGUAAAAAAAAAAUGUUUUUAAUCUAUCUUACUGUAAUUAUGACAUAUGCCCGCUGUCACAUUCAUUCAGGUGCAGAAUUCUAUUCAAAGCAGAAUAAAAGACAGAGGUAGGAUGGUGAUACAUUUCAGGUCAAUCACGGUCAUCAGCUGUGAGCAUAUAUUAACUCGAUCAAACAUGGCGGAACAGCCAAUCUGAGGCCACAUUUUACCGCACCAUUACAAAGGUACACAUAAGUUAACAGAAUCAUAAAUAUGAACAGAAUGACAGAGCGAAACGAGCAGCUGAGGACAGCAAUAUAAAUGUCAGCCAUAACUUGGAGUUAUCUAGGGCCCUAUGAUUUCCACGUAAUUGGACUCGCGGACAGAAUCAAUGUUUGCUAAAAACAGAAUCUAAAUGCAGUAAUUCGUGGAAAUUAGCCGAAAGCGACUGAGAUGCUGUUAUUGAGAGGGAAAGGGGAUAUCAUGUUUACUUGACAAGCACUCACCUCCAUGAAGCCUGGCUUGCCAGGGGCCAGCUCUGGAAUGCAUCCUUCUCGUACCAUCUCUGUUACUACCUCCCUGACUCGCAGCCACCACAAACUACCAAACUAACUCCAAAAUACAGAGCCGAACAUUUCCCAAAUGCCUUUUACGUGUCAGCUGAUAUGUUUCUUUUGCAAAUUUGUCGUCCAAAAGCUGUGACAAACACAUACUUCUACUGCUAAUGGUAGGAAGUUGUGGACGUGACCACCGAUCUUCAUUGGUACGUUAAAGAUAACUUGACAGCUUCUUAUACUGUAGUUGGAGCACCAGUGUUGAAAUAAUAACAGAAGCAAUUUUGUGCAUGCUUUUUUUUACUUAAAAGCAUGUACACUGGAAAUUGUUGGUACAUUGUUAUGCUUUUGUUCUUUUUGUUAUCUAAAAUAUUUUUGAUUUACCCAGAAUUCUAAUACAAUGUUGAAAUAAUCCCUAGUUUAGUUGUUUUUAGUGUAAAUGCUUUACAACUGGCAGGUUAAAAACUCUGGAAGAAAUCAUUAUAUGAAUCGAAAUUGGAUGAUACUUUAUGAAAACAAUUGUUGCACAGCCCUACGAUGUGAUAACCAGCUUGGAAUAAUCACAAAUAAGGAAGCAACACCACACAAAAGUUUGUAACACAAUAAUAUGUCUUCCUCAAAAGUCCGCACGCUAAGCAUUACUAUAAGUUUGAGGUGAACUCGCUUUACUUAACUUCAUCAACGCUUCCUUAACUGUCCUCGUAGCAAUCCAGUAAUCCUCAGGCUAACAUUAAUCCACUCAAAAAAGUGAAUAAUUGCAGUACUGAAAUCAUUCAUGAAGUUGCUCAGAAGCAAGAUAGCUUCAUCACAAGAUGACAUAAGAACUGCAUUGCACCUUGCACUGCAAACAUAGUUGACUUGUUUAAGACUUAAAAAAAAACGGUAUUGAUAAAAGACUUCCGUGCUGUGAGAUGUUACAUGAUGUUGGUGGUGCAAAAUAAAAAUUCUAAUAAAAAAUAUUUACACCAAUUACAUACAGCACCAAUAAGAGUACUGCAGAAUACCGGUAUCGAUAAGUAAUAUCGAUAUUGGUAUCAGUAUUGAUAUAAUCCUAAUGAUAUACAUCCCUAUUCGUUACGCAAUCUGUACGUCAAUGAUCUGUUCAUAUAUGUCUAUGAUCUACUUAUAGAUGUCUAUGCGUAAUAUUGCCAAGUUAGUGUUAGCUAUUGUGCUGCCCCCUACUGGCCUAAAGUGACAGUUUACAUACAGCGUCAGAAAGAAGCCCCGCACAUAUUUAAAGGAAGAUAGUAAUAUGUUUAAAAGUUGUUUUAUUUAUUAUGCGCUGAUGUCUCAGCAUGCUGCCAUGCUACACAGUAUAGCUCUGCAAAAUUUAUUAAUGUUAUAAUUCUGGUAGAGGGACGAUUGAAAAGGUUGCUCUGUAAAAGAAAAAAACGGCAAAAGAACAAGUAGAAAAGCCCACAUUUUCUGAAAUAUCUCCUAUUGGAGAAGAAAGUCAUUGAGGACAUAGAAAGAACAAUCAUGUUGUGGUUCUAAUUCUAACAUAGCAGCAUGAGGGGACAGUCAGUAGUGAUUUCUUAAUAACAAGUGGUGACUUUUUUACCUUUUGUGGGAACUUCCGGACAACAAAAGUGUGUUAAAUGUCAAAUGUUUGAUAGUCAUAACUUGCGUAACCCAUGUAAAGUCCUUUCAAAUGUUUUUUAUUAUAUGAAAUGUAAUAUAUAAAGAGCAUCACGUCAAGUGUAUUUCAUCCAUUUGGACUGAUUGUGCAUUUUAUUUUCAAACAUUGUAUUCCCUCCCAAUGAAAUCCCAAAUAUGUACUUUGACUGACAAAUAUUUCAAGAGUAAUAUUAUGUUCGUGUUCAUCAGCAUUUACUUUUUAUGGAUUCAAAGUAAUACUAGUAGUAAUACUCAGCACACUUGAGACAGUAUUCACACAACACACACAAUAAAACCUUUAAAUUAUUGAAGUGCAUUUUUGUCAGUGUUAGGUGUGUAACACGUUGUUACAUGUUAAUAAAAGCAAUUUUCUUCUUCA